AUGGAGAAACGAAGUCAUGCAACACAAAAAAAUGAUAUAAAUGAUGAUGCUGAAACAGAUGCAAAAUCCUGGGCAUUUUUUUUUUUAUCAAUAACGAGAAGAUUAAUAAAAUAUAAUGUCAAACAAAAAGUGAAUAUAGUACAAUUUUUUACAAAAGUUUACCUUUGUAUCCUUGUAGCAUGGACAUUAAAUUAUUGGAACAAUACUAAUUUUAAUAAAAACUGGGAUGAAAGCAAUAAUAAGGAUGAAAAAAAAACAAUAAAUUUAUGGGAUAAUAAUAACAACAAUAGAUCUUUAUCACAAGUUGACGUUAUCAGGGUGACAACGUAUGAACCUGCUCAUAGUAAACCUUGGAAAAGAGGAUAUAGUCAAACAACCGUUUCAAAUGUACCUCGAGGAGCACCAUUACAUAAUGUUCCUCAAAAGGGAACUCCAAAUUUACCUCCACCAAAUGGUCCCCCCAUCAGACCACCUUUACAAGGGCUACAAAAGAUACAACCUCCAAGCAUUGCACCAAAAGGACCAUCUCAACAAAUAUUGUCAAAGACAGGUUCUGUAGUUGUAUCAUCAAGAGGACCACCUCCUCCACAUGGUCCUCCAGUUGCACGUCAUCCACAAAUUCCAAUCAGAAGAAUUCCUCAACGUGGUCCUCCCAAUGGGCCUCUAAAUAUGCCACCUCCACGUGGACCUCAAAAUAUGGCUCCUCCGCGUGGACCUCAAAAUAUGCCGCUUCCACGUGGACCUCAAAAUAUGGCUCCUCCACGUGGACCUCAAAAUAGGGCUCCUCCUCGGGUACCUCAAAAUAGGGCUCCUCCACGUGGACCCCAAAAUGCGAUUCUUCCAAAUAGAAAUAAAUCACAUGUAUUAUCAAAGGUACGCCCUCCACAAGUACAAUCUAGAAAAAAACUACCAUCUAACUCUAGAACGUUUUCAAAUAACAAAAAGUUUUUACAAGAAAGUGAUGCUAAUUUAAAAUUAACAAUUGUUGAGUCAACGCUUCAAAACAACAGUGAUGUGGUACAAGAAUCUGAAAAUAAGGUAGAAAUAAAACAUCCAAUCAAUGUUGAAAGUGACACAGAUACUGAAGAAAAAAUGGAUAUCGUACCACAUAGCAUAGGAUAUCCAAUCAAGGUUCAAAAUGUUGAAGAAAAUAAUGAUACCUUAGGAGAUAUCGCAAACACAAUUAUGAGUAACAUUCAUGAAAUUGAAAUGGAAAGAAAUCCAGCGUUAGAAUUAAUAAAGGAAAACAUAUUAGAUUAUAUUAUAUCUGCAAAUAAAGGAGUAAUUAAAAAUAUCGACACAAUAAAAGAAAAUAUAAUAAGUAAUUUGAAAGGGGCUGACGGUGAUUGGAAACCUCCCAUUGAAUUAAUUAAAGAAACAUUAUUAGAAAAAAUUGGAAGUCUUGAUCCAGAAGAAAUAGGGCCCAAAAUGGAAGAAAUUAAAGAUGCAGUUAUUGAAAAAAUAACGACAAAUAUUGCAUGUGAAGUAAAACCAAAGUUGGAUAAUAUAAAAUUAACUGUUUUAGAUAAAUUGGAUGAUAUUAAUUCUGCAGUUGUCAAACCCAAAAUUAAUGACUUAAAAGACACUAUUAAUAGAAAAAUAAUAAACAUUGAAAAUGACGUGAUACCCAAAAUUGGAAAUACAAUAAAAGACUGCGUUACAGAUAAAAUAGAAGAUAUAACAAGUGGUAUUGAAAAAACUUCUGAAACUAUAAAAGAUACAAUUAUGAGUAAUGUAAAAACAAUUUAUAAAAAUGCUCCUGUUCCUAAAAAUAUUAAGGAUAUGGCUAGUAGGUUAGUCCCUGAUCCAAAUUUAAGCAUGGAAGAAAAUAUGAUAGAUUCAGUUAGCAAAUCGACAUUAGGGUUUGGCCUAAUUGGUAAUAUAAAAAAACGUUUUAAACAGAUAGGAAAUACAUCCCAAGCAAUUGCCUGUUUAGCUAUAUCCGUAAUGACUUUAAUAGGAGGAAUGGGGGGUUUCGUUGCUGGCAAUUAUCCAGUCGCUGCUGGAGUUAUGCUAAUUGCGCUUCUUUUUUCAUACUAUGGCUCAUUUAAAUUAUUAAAAGCGAUGUUUUUCCCCAAUUUUGAUAUGAAGAAAAGAAAUUUUUUUAAAAGAAGAAAAAAAAAAGAGAAUAAGAAAAUUACCCAGAAUAUUGCAAAAUAG